UCCUUCCCUGACUUCCAUUUUUUCCAAAAUAGCUACACCAAGAUCAAAACACUGCCAAUCGCUAUCGAUACACCAAAAAUUAACUGAACUACCACAGAUCCUGUCUUCACCUUCAUUCCGUCCUCACCCAUGUUGGAAAAGCUAGGGUCGGGACCACCUGGGUUUUGUGGGUUUCUAGUUUUAGACAACCCAAAAGCACGCUCAUCCCUUACUCUACCUACAGGAAAACCAGAAGCUAUAGGAAAGGAGGUUGAGCAUGAAGCUGAGCAAGUGUUCUUACCAAGAGAACCCAGAUUCCCACCUUCUUCCCCUUUUUUUUUGUUUCUCCUGGGUUUUCUUGGUAAGAACCCGAUCUGGGUUCUCUUAGGGAGAGAUAGAGAAAGGAAAGGUUGAGUGAGUCUGGUGUUGGGGAAGGGGGGAGAAAAUGAAAAGGCAUGGGCUACAAGCGCCUAGAGUGACUUCGCCACUCUCCUCCAGCUCAUCACCCUUCUUCUCUACAUGAACAUACCCAAAAUAGCAAGACCUAUUUGCAGACAAUUUCAGAAGCUUAUUCAAAUUUUCGGGAUGGGAAAUAUGAAAACUAGAGCAGUAAUUGGAGAAUCUCAAACAACAUUCCUUCCAUCAAUCCAAGCUAGAUAAUGAAGAUAACGUAAAACACAGCUCAGAAGUUCCACACGCCGCAGAAAGGUCCCUUUCUGCAAAGACAAAGCAUUUGCUCCAAAAUGCAACUCUCUCACUUCUAUCUUUUGAGAUAAUCUGGAUCAG